AUGGAUGCCUUCAAUAUGAUUGUCAUCAAUCCAUUUUGGAGUGAACUUCACUUUCCCGCAAACUUCAAACUUCUGAUAGCGUCUUUUUACCGACUCGUAAAAGAUGCUCAGAAGAAACUUGAUGUUGUUCCCUUAUCUCACCUCACCGAACUUGCCACACUCGACACCCAUAAAGCCAACAAACCCAAAUUGACCAAAUCUUUGUUAGGAACUAGAUUGACGCCUGGUAGCACCGAAUCUACCUUAGGGGUUGAUGAAGAGAAAAUCGUACAUUGCCAUAUCAUUUUGGCUAAGAGAAGGGUCGUGGAAGUAAAUGCUUACACUUACGAGGAGAGUUUGUAA